AUGCCAACAUCACCCUGGAAGUUUUGUAGUACAGACUUGCUAGGCCCACUUCCAGAUGGUCGUUACGUUAUAGUGAUAAUUGAUUACUUCAGUAGGUACUUUGAGGCAGCAUUGCUCAGAUCUACUAAGACAGGGGCAGUUAUAGAUUUUCUGGAUGCCAUUUUUACGAGAUUUGGUUACCCAGAAGCCCUCAGGUCAGACAUCGGGCCACAGUUCACUUCGGUAGAGUUUGAGGCAUACCUGAAAAGCAAUGGCAUCAAGUGGGUGUCAACUACUCCGUUGUGGCCACAGGCAAGCGGUCUCGUAGAUAGGACUAACAGAACUAUAGAGAAGAUACUUAAAAUAGCCACAGUAGAGAAAAAGGAUCUUCAGAAAGAGUUUAGGAAGUUCCUAGUAGCAUACAGGUCAACUCCGCAUACAAGUACUGGGUGUACUCCCUUUUCUCUGAUGUUCGGAAGAGAAAUGAGGAAUAAGCUACCACAGUUAGAUUAUUCAGCUGCUGCCAUUCCAGAAGUGGCAAGAGAAAGAGAUAUGGAGUAUAAGCUAAAGAUGAAAGACUAUGCAAACAAGAAGGCGGCGGAUAGCAACAUUCAGGAAGGAGAUAUAGUAGUAAUGCUGAAUGUGACAAAAGAUAAAUUACAACCGAAUUUCUGA